GUUCCAAUUUAGGACCCCAGUUGGAGCGCAUGCCUCGUCAAUGGAAUAAAUCCAGUCCGCUUCUCAGCGCAGCGUGUGAUUCUGAAUUUCAGCGCCGACGACCACUUCACGGGCCCCAUGGAUACCAACGUGGUGAUCCGCCACGACGGCCGGAUCACGUGGGACUCGCCGGCGAUCACCAAGAGCUCCUGUAAGGUGGACGUGUCCUUCUUUCCCUUUGACGCGCAGCAGUGCAGGUUCACCUACGGCUCGUGGACCUACAACGGCAACCAGCUGGACAUCCUCAACGCCAUGGAGAGCGCCGACCUGGCCGACCUGGUGGACAACGUGGAGUGGCAAGUCCUGGGUAUGGCGGCCAAAAGGAACAUCGUCUUGUACGGCUGCUGCGCCGACCCUUACCCCGACGUCACCUUCACGCUGAAACUCAAGAGGAGGGCCUCCUUCUACGUCUUCAACCUGCUGAUACCCUGCGUGAUGAUCUCCUUCCUGGCUCCGCUGGGCUUCUACCUGCCUGCGGACUCGGGAGAAAAAGUGUCUUUGGGCGUCACCGUGAUGCUGGCGCUGACCGUCUUUCAACUGCUGGUCGCCGAGAUUAUGCCACCAUCGGAGAAUGUACCGCUCAUCGGAAAGUAUUACAUUGCCACCAUGACCAUGAUCACGGCCUCCACCGCCUUGACCAUCUUCAUCAUGAACAUUCACCACUGCGGCCCCGACGCCAAGCCCGUCCCCAAGUGGGCCAAGAAGGUCGUCCUGCAGUACAUGGCCAGAAUGUGCUUCGUUUACGAGGUCGGGGACAACUGCAUGUCUCCCCCGUCCGAGAAGCGGGAACCUCCGCCGGCGAAGAACCGCAACACGAACGGCUCGGCGGGGGCCUUCGGAGAGGAACAGACCUUUGGAACGGCGACAGCUUUCCCCGUGCCCGCAGAGGAAAAAGAAGACUUGGAUGGGUCGUUGGGGGUGAAGCACACCGAUUGUUACAGCCCCCGGCAGAACGCCGCCGUCGUCAGCAUGGACGACGACGACGACCUGGGCCGUGCGAGGAGAUGCCGCAAAGGGGGCGUGAGCGAGAGGCGGGCCUCUCGUGGGCCGCCCUGCGACGAGAGGCGUCUGCUCUUGCCGAAUGUGGAGUACAUCGCCAACUGCUACAGGGAGCAACGGGCCACUCAAAAGAGGACUGGCGAGUGGAAGAAGGUGGCCAAGGUACUGGACCGCUUCUUCAUGUGGUCCUUCUUCAUCAUGGUCUUCUUCAUGAGUCUUCUCAUCAUGGGCAAAGCCGUCUGACACCUCGCCCGUCGGUUCAGUGGAGUCGUGCUCGACAUCAGCGCGUUACGGGGGCACCAAAUGUUGUAGUCCGUGCGUAGCAUACCAUUUGAAUAUCUGUUCCAUUAAAAUGUAGUCACUUG